UUUUAGAUGAAAAAUGUUUAGAAUUAAUAAAUAUAAAAACUUUUGAUAAAGAAACAGCUGAUGGAGCUCAUCGCAAGCCUGUAGCUGAUAUGUUUGAUGAUUCUUUUGAUACUUCCACUAAAGAAACGACCACGUUGAGCUACCAGCCCACAGACACGUGCGACGACGAUGAAGGCUUUCAUAAAUUUCUUCCUGGCGAGCUUAUCAAAGGACGUUAUUCGGUUUUUAGUUUUGCUGGGAAGGGCGUCUUCAGCUCCGUACUGCGUGCUAGGGAUUUGUGUUCCGAAGAUUCUCGCGAAGUAGUCAUCAAAGUGAUUAAGAGGAACCACGUGAUGCUGAAGGCGGGAAAUAGUGAAGUCAAAAUUCUUACGGAACUCACUAAAAAAGACCCAAAAUGUCGGGGGCAUUGCGUCCAUUUAUUGGACAGUUUUGCUUAUUUAGGCCAUUUAUGUAUUGUUUUGGACUCGCAUAAAAUGAAUUUGAGGCAGGUUAUUAAAAAGUUUGGUGGAAAAACAGGUUUGAACUUGAAAGCCGUUAAAGUUUAUUCUAGACAAAUUCUCAUCGCUUUAAGAACAUUAAAAAAAAGCGGCAUAAUUCAUGCGGACUUGAAACCGGACAACAUGCUCGUUUCUGCCGCGCAAAAUUCAUUAUAUGUAUGUGAUUUUGGUUCUGCGCUGAAGGCUGGAGAAUCUUCCUUAACCCCUUACUUAGUCAGCCGUUACUAUCGAGCUCCCGAAGUUAUUUUGGGCCUUCCUUAUUCCUUUGAGAUUGACAUGUGGUCGGCUGCUUGCUGUUUUUAUGAGUUGUACACUGGAAGUUUUCUAUUUAACGGGCAAACCAAUAAUCAAAUGUUAAAAGCGCACAUGGACCUACUAGGGCCAGUCCCAAAGCGUUUAUUAAAAAAGGCGCACUUUGCUAGUCUUCAUUUCGAUGAAAAUUAUGUUUUCAUGCACGUGGAAUACAAUAAAAUUACUGAUAAAACGAGCGUCACUCGACUAGAAAUCGCUAAACCCGCUUUUGAUUUGCUCUCGAAAUUAAGAUCUUCCUCUUCUGUUGAAGAUGUAAAAAAUAAUCGCGUCGAUCUUUUUUAUGAUCUGCUUUUGUCCAUGUUGAAUUUCGAUCCGAAUAAACGAAUCUCCGUUUCAAAUGCAUUAAAGCAUCCGUUUUUGAUAUCUUGA